GUUUCAAUGUAAGAUCGCCAGCUGUUCUCACUCGUGACCCUGUGCUGAGAAACCUUCCGCCACUUUUUUGCCGCAUCGAACUCUUGGUUCUCUUUCACAUUCUUUGUCAUGUUGGAUAACAUUCUAGAUUUAAAUGGUCCAUGGUUUUAUGAGCCCGAUACGAAACGCACUGUACUUCUUCGGGGAGUCAACUUGAGCGGCGGCGCAAAGCUCCCGAACGGCAUUCCAACCCAUGCCAAGGAUGGAUACUGGGUCGAUUAUGAUCGCAACGUCAAUUUUAUCGGUAGACCUAUGCCGCUUGAGGAUGCUGAUGAGCACCUAGGACGUAUCAAGCAGUGGGGAUUUAAUUUCCUUCGCUUCGUCAUUAUAUGGGAAGCUAUAGAACAUGAGGGCCCUGGUAUCUAUGACACUGAUUACAUUGAAUAUAUUAUCCAAUUGCUUUACAAGUGCAAAGAAUAUGAUCUACGAGUAUUUAUUGACCCACAUCAAGAUUGUUGGUCCCGUCAAUGUGGUGGUUCUGGAGCUCCUGGAUGGACACUUAGCUUGGUAGGACUGAAUCCGUCGACUUUUCAGGUAACUGGAGCUGCCAUUGUGCAAAACGUUUACGAGAACCCCGACACAUUCCCAGCCAUGAUUUGGAGCACCAACUAUGGAAAACUAGCAACAUCCACCAUGUUCACAUUGUUUUUCGGUGGCAAAUUGUUUGCACCAAAUUGUAUUGUUGACGACUUGAACAUCCAAGAUUACCUACAACAACACUUUAUUAAUGCAGUCAUGCAAGUGGUCCACAGAAUUCACAAGGAGGAUAGCCACUUGGAGAAUGUCCUAGUCACUGGUUAUGAUACCAUCAACGAACCCAAUGAGGGCUACAUUGAGCUUGCAGAUAUUACCAAAUUUCGGGAUAAAGUAGACGAUCUUAAGAAAGGGUGGACGCCAACGGCGUAUCAAGGAUUUUUACUGGGGUCUGGUAUUGCAACCCAAGUUGAGGAAUGGGACAUGACAUGGUCUGGACCGAAAAAGCAAAAAACCGUCCUAGUCGAUCCUCAAGGUGUGCAAGCUUGGCUCUCGGAGGAGGAUAGAAACCAAGCAGACAAAGUGUUUGGUUGGACACGAUCUUCAAAAUGGCAACCAGGGUGUAUAUGGGCUGCUCAUGGUGUUUGGGACCGCAGUCAACAAACACCCGAAAAACUGAACUACUUUGCAGUUCAUCCCAAAACUGGAGAGCCUAUUGAGUUCAAUCACUUGUGGAUGGACCACAUUCAAAAAUUCGGCGAGGCUAUUCGCAGCGUCCAUAGCGAAGCUAUACUGUUCGUUCAGCCGACUGUACUUUCAUACCCCCCAGAAUUUCCAUCUACAAUGAAACGACUGGCAUAUGUACCACACUGGUACGACGGACUGACACUGGUUCAAAAGACAUGGAAGAAUUAUAAUGUGGAUGUCAUAGGAUUGAAGCGCGGAAAGUAUGGCAAUGGCCCACUCAAGUAUGCUCGAGCACUACGAGUGGGUGAAAAGUCUAUUCGCAAGUGCUUCCAGGAACAACUCGGAACGUUACAACAUGAAGGCCGAGAUCGAGUCGGCGAGUAUCCUUGCCUGCUUGGAGAAAUCGGCAUCCCGUAUGACAUGAAUAGGGUCUCUCCCUCAUCCUCUUCCUCAUACUUCUCGACCAAUUUCAUACAGACUGUUCUUUCUUACCUCUGCCUUGGCGCAUUCCGCACUAGUGAUGACGAGGAAAUGAUCAAUAAUCCAGCCUCGCCCCAAAAUAGAGCCAUGGAUGCAUGCCUCAAUGCUUUAGAAGGAAAUCUAUUGAAUUAUACCCUUUGGACUUAUGUGCCAGACAAUUCACGAAAGUGGGGUGAUAGAUGGUGCGGCGAAGAUUUGAGCUUAUGGCAGCGUGGCCAUGACGGUACCAAUGCAAGAGACAUCCCUGCCAUACAUCGACCCCAUCCUAGAAGGACGGCAGGCGUUCCCAAGAGUAUUGAAAGCAUCCUUGCCACUGAAAAGCAAGCUGCCACCUUUAAAUACUCGUGCAUUCCCACUCUUGACACAAAGCACCCUACCGAGAUCUACGUUCCCGAAACAUACUUUCCUGCUGCACUUACAAGUGUUACUGUUUCUACCGGUACAUGGGAAGUCGGUGAGCAAACAGACAACUACUGGAUCAUUCACUGGCGUCCAGUUUGGAGCGAAGAGGCUUGUACUAUUACGCUUACUGGCGUAACUUUUAACCAAUCUGCUCGAUGAUUUAUAAGAAGAGUCCCCAUUAUUUGUGCAAUAAAGUCUGAGUGUUUUCUUCGAUAUGCUAUUAUGUGUUUGGCAUAUCAUGUCAUGGC